AAAAGACACCAAUAAGUAUGAACUACUAAUUAAAUUCCAGCUUACACUUAUCUCCAGGAAAUACAUCGCUGCUUGUCAUUGGACAGUAUAGUGUUACUAUGACAAUUGAGUGCAUCUGUCAUGACCACACAAUGAGAUAUACCUAUCUUCCUAUUUGAGGGACCACUACCGCAGGUGCGCGCUUGAUAUUGAUUUGUGUGCGUUCUUUUAAUGGCAUUCACGUCACAAGGAUAAACAAAGUGUCCCUUAGAUCGGAUGUGUGCGAAGCAUCUAAUGCAUUUAACAUUUCUAUAGGAACGUUCCCCUCCAAUUGGAAUGCUGGAGUUUAAAAGUGCAUACGGUUGCAAUUGAUUGACAGCUACGGUAGAAAGUUGUCUAGCACGUUCUAGCAUUCAGAGAUCAUGAAAUUAUGUUAUGAAUUGAUCUUUGUUAAUAUGGCAUGAAGAGCUCAAUUUCACGGGCAGAAUUAUUAUGUCUGAAUGUGUUAAUUUUAUUUAAAAGCCAUAUCGGCAGAUUAGUUUAACACUUGGAUACAUCGUUGACACUUUGAAGUCAAACGAACCAAAAAUUAGUUUUACUGGAACUCAGUGGGACAAGAACGCAUUUUCUUAGACAAUAAUUUGAGUAAUGUUAUUCGGAAGUCCACGCUAACUCUUAUUUGCACUUGAUUUAUUGAAUCACGCACUUGUACAAAUGGGAUUCGACUGCAUUUCUGUCGAAAUGACCGGACGGAACGGUAGUGAUUACACAUUAACGGAGGACAACAUUACGGUGCCUGGAACUUUACUGACAAGUGGGACGUGGAGUCUGGAGUACAUACUACUAGCAGUUUAUUUAACGGUGUGUUCGUUUGUUGGGAUUUUGGGAAAUGUACCAGUUUUAAUCGUGUAUUUCCACAAACGGGACCAUGCAGUCUCCAACACAUUCAUCAAAGUUUUAGCCAUCUUGGAUCUAUUGGUAUGUACCCUUAUUAUGCCAUACACUAUGAUUUAUGAGUUACACAUGGUCAGUUCAGACGUUGCCUGCCGCUUGUUUGAAUUUUUGCGUCACUUCGUCAUCUCGGCCUCCAAUAUCACACUGGUGGCUAUCAGUGUGGAGAGGUAUAUAGCGGUGUGCCAUCUAGCACGCAAAAUGUCUGUGGACCUGGUGAAUAAGGGUAUCAUUUGCAUUGGUGUUAUCAGCUGCGUGAUGGCUGCGCCCGCUGUAGGAACUUUUGCUGUUGUUUCUUAUAAAGAUAUUCAGGACAUUCAUUGUUCGUAUGACAAAUUCCACGUAAGUACUGGACACUUUUGCCAUUUUACAUACUCUGAAAUGGGAGAGCUAUCCGUGUCUAUUUAUCAAGGAUUUCUUGCAGUUUCUUUCAUUGUGACCUUUGGAACUAUAAUGGUGUUGUAUAUUAUAGUUUAUUAUGUUCUAUGGAAGCGAUCAAAAUUGCGUCGACGAAGACAUGCACGUUCACAGAUAGUUUCGGAUAUUUGCGAAAUUUCGUGCAGCAGGGAAAAGGUAACGACAGAAAAGACGCAGUACCUAGAAAUGGAGCACUCCAAAUCCCUGAUAGAACCAACUGAGGCGAAUUCGGUUUCUGAAAAAGACUCGGACUUGUACAUUCAAGAACGGAGCGUUCAAGAGUAUGUCCCUCCCCCGGACAAACCUCGGCAUCGUAUGAAGCAUACAACUAGUGUUCUGUUGGAGAGGGAAAAUUUAAGACGUGCAGCGCAUAGAAAAACGGCAAAGAUGUUGUUUCUGUGUAGUGUUAUUUAUCUGGUUACUUGGAUGCCAUUUUGGAUGGAUAUUUUCGGGAUCACGGGAAAUCUGCUCCUAAGAUACGCGUUUUUCAUUGGAAACGCCUCAAAUCCUAUUGUGUAUGGUAUUGUUAAUACUCAAAUACGGAAAUCAUUCAGAAAAAUGCUCAUAGACUUUGUUCAGAAAAUAUUUCCAUGCUUCUUAAGUGAAUAAAAUGAGUUGGUAUAUUUUUAAUAGGGUGCAAUCAUUAUUAAUAAAAGUAAUUUUGUAAUGGUUAAACAUGUCUGGUGCCAAUUACUAUCUUUAUUAUGGUGUUCAUUGAUUUAGUUCAAGGUUAAAUAAACGUCUCUUCUCCUUUUUCGAAGCAUUUAUUUUCAACGGAAUACCGGUAGCAGAAGUUCAUUCGCUAAAUAUGUUUUUCACA